AAAGCUCCUACUCUACUUCGUACAUCGCGUCCAUUCGCCACCCCACCGCUAGCACAGUUGACUCGAGCGCGUUCUGUCAACUUGCCACUCGCCGCAGACAAUCCUCUACGUACCUCCGCACCUCGAGAUCGCGACUCGCAUCCAUCACGAACCCGACCACAUCACAGUAUAUCCAACCGAUAAUUCUGCAAACAGUCACGUUUGGCGCAUCUUUCGGAGCUCCAUCCUAGUUUCGCAGCCAGCACCUUUAAACACGCUUUGGUCCCAGAGAUCAUAGCGAGGGGCAGGCACUUGUCGAAACUCGGUAGACUCCAACAACAUUUGGCACAUGAGCGGCUAUCUCUGGAAAUACUAUCUCGAAGAUGACGUCGACAAUUUCCGAAAUGUCGUCGCAUCCAACACUCAGCCGUCCCGCGCGGGCGCGCAGAAGAGCUGGCAAAGUGGAGGAGCUGGCGCUGCGGUGAACAGCAGUCCAGGCAGUUAUAAUGCUUCGCCGAUGCUAGGCGCAAAGUGGCGCAAGACAGCAGGCGUACUGUUGACUCGUUCAGACAUCAACAGUCGCGACUCUGCAGGUCUUACAAUUCUGCAUCACGCAGCAUCCUCAACAUCCGAGAGUGCUGUUGAAUUCGCGCAGAUCCUGUUGGAACACCAGUGGACAGAUCUGUACAUACAAGAUGCAGAGAAUGGUUGGACACCCCUACACCGAGCCUUCUACUUUGGCAACAUUGCCAUCGCACGCUUGAUCCUGAAUCGAGACGCACAGGAUAUCCUCGGUCAGGGCUACGGAGGCUUCAACCAGCAUGCGCGAGGUUUGGUUAAAAUCAAAGACAAGGAGGGGUAUGGUCCUCUUGAUUUGUUCUCCAUGACAAUUAAAGAUCGCACGCUGCGUCCGGAAGAAUCCCCCAUGUUUGACUCAGACUCAGAAGAUGAUAUGGCUCAUGGCGACAGCGGUGACAUGGAUGAUCAGUUGCGUAAACGUCUGAUAACUCCUACAACUCUCCUCGGGGGUGAUGAGGUUUACACCUUUGGCAGCAACAAGAAUGUCACUCUUGGCUUUGGUGAUCAAGACGAUCGUGCAUACCCAGAGCGCGUUGUUCUACGAAGACCCGACCACCUCCUCCGACGAUUCUACGAAGAGGAUCGAGAAAGGCACACCCAGUUCUGGGCUACAAUGGGGACGCAGAUACCGGAUGCAAGGAGACAACCACCGAAGGGAACCGUGGAUCUUCCUACACACAUUCGAAACACCCCCAUCGUGAUACAAGAUGUGCAGAUGUCGAAACUACACACAGCCAUCUUGACAACUGAUCCUGUUUCGAAUCUGUAUAUGUGUGGACAUGGCACCGGAGGUCGCCUGGGAAUUGGUAGCGAAACCACAAGUUAUCAAUUCACCUGCGUCGAGGGUGGUGGUUUGGGCCAGAAGAAGAUCGCCGCAAUAGCGCUGGGGCAGAACCACACCCUCGCUAUCACUGACGAAGGCGAAACCUAUUCGUGGGGCAAUAACGCCUUUGGCCAGUUGGGAUACAGUUUGCCAAAGCCUUCGCUCAAGGACGAUGAUCCCAUCUCCACGUUACCAGUGCAAAUUUUCGGUCCUCUGAAACGCGAAGCUGUAAUCGGCAUUGCAGCCUCGCGAAUCCAUUCCGUUGUCCACAGCGCAAACUCUCUGUACACAUUUGGCAAGAAUGAAGGACAGCUGGGCAUUGUCGACUCGGACGCCCGAUCCUUGGAGAUGCAGAUCACCCCUCGCAAGAUCGCUGCAUCACUGUUCUCAUCCCCCAUCGCCACAGUAUCAGCUAUCGAUGGCGCUUCGAUAUGCAUGCUCGAGAACCGAGAAGUGUGGGUGUUUGCCAAUUAUGGAUACUCGAAGCUCAGCUUCGCGCUUGACGGGUUUACGAGUAGUUUUCUGAAGGAAAGCUGGCUGACAACGAAGUACGACACUGCGCCAAACCGCAUACAGAAGAUCACGUCGGGAGGCGAUACUAUAUGCGCCUUAUCAACAUCUGGCGAGGUGUUCACUGUAGCCGUGAGUCGCCGGUCAGAUGGUAAUCAGGAUGCGAGUACAUCGACCACUAACCCCAAGCAAAUCCGUAAGGCUCUCUCAGCACCAUACCGUAUUUGGUCUUCUAAGAAGAGCCACAUGGCUGCAAGAGAUGUCGAUGUGGACCAAGAUGGUUCUAUCAUUUUGACCACUGAGGCCGGUACGGUUUGGAGACGCACCAGAAGAGCGACAAUCAAGAGCGCAAACACUACAGCUGCAGCCGAGCUAAAACCCAAAGACUACAAGUUUCAACGUGUCUCCGGUCUCACUCGUGUUGUCGCUGUUCGAGCUUCUGCAUAUGGUGCGUACGCCGCUGUACGGAAGGACUGUGACGUCACACGUAAUCAGAUUGGAGUUGAUGAACCUGGUCUGUGGGAAGAUCUGGCGCCAUUGCUCUCCUUCUAUGACCUACACAACUAUGAAGAGUCUUCCGACGAUGAAGAACCGGUUCCGAGGUACUGGAACAGACCCGGUCAAUCACAAGCCCUCCACAAGCGUGUGCUCAAGUCUAAGGACCUUGAAAAGGAGGUUUCGGAGGUCUUGGAGCAGGCCUCAAUGAACUCGGAGAAUACUUACGACAUGGUAAUUGGUACCACGCAUUCAGAUGUUCGUCUUCCUGUGCACGAGUUCAUCAUGACUGGUCGAUCUCGUGUCUUCAGGGAUGCUAUGCUCGACUUUCGCCUCAAGAGCUCUGCGCACAUCAUUCCGGAGCUUCUUACCAUUAGCAGGGAGGGUAGCUUUACUCUUGUGGUAUUCCAAGGCUUGGACUUCCUGACUAUAUUCGACAUGGUGCUCUACGCGUACACUGAUUCGAUCGUCGACUUCUGGAAUGUCACUCGACAUGCGCCAGCUCUGGCCUUCCGAUACCGCUCUGUUCGGACAGAAUUGAUGAAGGUCGCAGCUCGAUUGGAAAUGCGCCAGCUUGAGCCGGCUGUACGACAGAUGGUCCAUCCUCGACGCUCAUUACAGGUCGACAUGGAACUCGCCAUCAAGGAGCCUUCAUUCUUUGAGAGCGGAGACAUCAUUGUCGAUCUUGCAGAUGGAGAGAUGCUGCUCCACUCUGACAUCGUAUGUCAACGUUGUCCCUUCUUCGAGGGUCUGUUCAGAGGCCGUGCCGGAGGUCAAUGGCUGUCCGGGCGACGAGAAGGCUCAGCACCGGUCCGCAUAGAUCUGACGAACGUCGAAACCCAUCUCUUUGAGCUCGUUGUCCGCCAUUUGUACACUGAUGCUGGCGAAGAAAUCUUCGACGAUGUCACAAGCGAGGAUCUUAACGAUUUACUCGCACUGGACGAACUCUUGGACCAUGCGAUGGAUGUCAUGUCCGUUGCUAAUGAGCUAAUGCUCGACCGCUUGUCGCAGAUCUGUCAAAGGCUCAUUGGUCGUUAUGUCAAUGCUCGCAACGUAUGCUCGCUACUUACUGCUGUAGCACCCAGCUCUGUCGCAGAGUUCAAAGAUGCAGCUCUGGAGUACGUCUGCCUCAGCUUGGAGGCAGUGAUGCAGAAUGGUUCCUUGGACGAACUUGAUGACGACCUUCUGCACGAACUGAACCUGGUUGCUCGCGAGAACCAGCUUGCGUAUCUACCCUUCGCCAGAAGCGGACGUGCCGAAGCUCUACUCUUCGAUCGGAACCCCGAGCUUGCAGAGAGGAUCGAACGAGGCAAGCGUGCCAAGAUCGACGCCAUCGUCCUUUCCAACAAGCACGCCAAUGCUGAUACACCAUCGGCCUCAUUCAGAGCUCAAAGUCUGGAAGAGCUGGCAGCCUCUCCUUUGCGUCAACGUAAUCGUAGACGAGUAUCUAACCAUGCUAAGAGUGAAGUGAAGAGUCCGGUUCUGGCACCGCAGCUCAAGGGUAAAAACUCAACUGCAGACUUGAUGUUCGACAUGUCCGAUGGCGAGGACGAAGAGAGCGGCAUGGUGGAGAAGAUCAAGCCUCCCCGUUUCAUUGGCGGACAAGAGAAAUCGAAUGAUCGUAUGGUUGGCACACCUGAGUCGCACUGGCCGGCUGCCAUCCAACAACGCCAAACGCUCGUACAAGGCAACAUACAAGAUGACUUCAUCUCGCCAAGCUCCCUGCCCCCAAGCGCGCUGUCGGGGACAAGGUCGCCGGCUCAACCUUGGGGAACAGCACCUUUGGCUAGCGCGAAGCUCGACCUCAGGGACAUCAUGGCGCAGACCUCAAGUGACAAACCUUCUGGCCUCGCCCUUGGCCUUGCACAAGAAGAAAAAGAGCGUGCGCGUGCCGCUCAGCCCAAGAUAUCACAGAAGGAGCGCAAGCGGCUUCAGCAAGCCCAGCAACAAGGACUCGAGGUCGAAGCUGCUCAGCCGACGCCGCCAGCUGUAUCACCGUGGCAAGCGGCAUCUUACAGGAAACCAAGCGCAAACCAAGUCAUAGUGGCAACAUCACCAGCGCCACAACCCUCACCACAGCCCUCACCGCAACCUUCGCAAGCUCAAAGCACUCCCCAACUGACAAUGCGCCAAACAAUUGCCCGAGGCAAGGGAAAGGGUAAGGGCAAAGACAAAGACAAAGAUGCUAGCACACCUGUCGCGUCCUCUCCAUCUCAAACCGCAGCCUCCGAACGCGGCAUGUCAGUCUCAAAUACGCCGAUUCCCGUACCUAUGUCUGUUCGCCAUAUACCACUUCCUUCCCACUCACCUACUUCACCCAGUCAAAAUCUCAGCAUAAUGGAGAUUCUGUCUCUGCAGGAAGCUGAGAAAACGUCCAUCCGAGACGUGGCUGCGAAGCGCAGUCUCGAAGAGAUUCAACAGGAACAGGAAUUCCAGCAGUGGUGGGAGGCCGAAAGCAAGCGCGCAAUUGAGCAAGAGGAGCAGGCCAAGCGAGCCGCAGAGCGCGCUGUGAAAGCCGCUGGAAGAGGGAGAGGUAAAGGCCGCGGCGGCGCAGGUGGCGCCGCAAGCAACGGCACUGACGCUAGAAAGAAGAGUGGAGAAGCGAAGAAGGAAAAGAAAACCGAGCCUACAGAGAACAGCGGAGACGCAAAAAAGGAGAGGAAAAGCGAGCCCGCAGACGGUCCGCGGAGAGAGAAACCGCCGAGGCCGCGAGCACCCAAACCUCAGCACCAUGCUCCAGCCUCACAGUCUGCUGCAGUCAAUCCUGAAGCUCCCGCAUUUGUGCCCCCACCCGCGCCACGCGCAGAUAGUGGCGCGAAUAGUGGCCGCGGCAGGGGGCGUGGUGGGCAUCGUGGCGGACGAGGGGGUGCUGGCGGUGCGGCGAGGGGGGCAAGACCGUCUGCGCCGGCGAGAGAUGUGCAGAGUGCGCCUGCCGCGCCUGCUCAGGUGCUGUAGUGGUACGAGUUGAUGACCGUGUUGUAGCAUUGGAAAGCGAAUUCAUUGAUACCCAGCGUAUCAAAUCCAGCACGCAUUCAUGCCUGGUGUUGAUUUGUUUCUAACAGUGGCCUUCUGUUUAGUGACGUUGGCGAAGGACUGUUUGACCUUGCAAUAAACUAGAGACUGAGCUCUUGUGGGUAGUCUAAGAUCACGUUCGGUGAGUGUACGAAAUCCAAUCUGAUGUCUCUUUCCUCAGGUAGCUGUGCGUAACGAUCUUCAAGCUCUUGCUCCUUAUGCUAGCCCUUUCUUUCUGAAUUCUUGCUGCUUUGAAAUAGUGUAGGACUGCUG